UUACUGACUUUUCGGUUGGUGGGUUUCACGCUGUAUGCUUAAACUCUGACACUCUUCUGCGAAAAUAAAGACACGAACGACAGAAGCGUGGCAUAUAUGUAGAUGGUCAGUUUUGUUUAGUCCGAGAGCAGAAACAGCGUGACCACGUCCCAGCGGCUCAAUCGUCCGGUGAAUAGUGACAGUGCAAUGGUGUUCCGUUUUUUUUCUUUUCUUUGUCCGAUUAACACGCUUGUGAUUCCGUCUUCGGCGGCUACUCUGUUUUUUCUUUGCCAGUUUUUCGCAUGAGCUACUCAUCCGGAGUUGUGGGGCAAUGACGACAGCGAUUUUGGACUCGAUACCAUUAAUUAUCAGGACGCCGGGCAGCGAUGGAGCAAUCGCAGUCUCAAGCUCAGCUAUACCGUCCGAAGAGAAAAAGCACCGGACAGAGGUUGCUAUUUCUCUGAAGAGAUUGAGAAGAAGUAGCCACGCUGAGAAGCAGCUGGUGACAUUACGUCGUAAAAAGAUGACUGCAACCAUGGUGGUCUUUAUGUCGACCGCCUUCUUGGGGCUCUUGCUGGCUGCUGUUAAGCUACGCCAGUGCCGGCAAGAGUUGAUGAAAAACGCCAAUGGCGCAAUUGAAGGCGGCACUGGACGGAGACUUGCAGAAGGUGGCGGCGACGAGGACGAGUGCGUAAGGUUUGUCCUCGCAACAACAGGACACCGGCAGCGUGCUUUUCAUUAAAGACGACUAAGGCGUUACCAACUCUCCAAAACGCAAGGAUAACUUUUCCACAUUCCCCACCCACCCUCCGUUGCGACAACACGUUUUAAAAAGCUAGAUUUUCCCCUCAUUGGUGUAGUUCUACUGG